UGACGUGUCGGAAAACACAGAACGGUUUGGGUUUUCCACACAAUGAAUCAAUAGAUUGUCGUCGACUUCAGACACAUCCAACUAUAUAUGCAUUCUAUCGCGUGAAGUGUGUAGCACAAUGAAGUUGAUCUAGACGAACAGGAGAUCGCAUACAGUAUUAUUUCUGUAAACCUGAUGAUAACAGGUGAGUACAGAAAUAGAUUUGUUUUCACCGAAAUCCUUUGUCUACCCAUCCUUCAAGAGACGGAUCAGAGGUCAACCGGAUACGCUACUGUAAGCCUAACAUUCAGUUAAAAUAAAACAUGCGUUUUCGUACUGAGAGACAAAUAAUAUGCAUUAGCUUUCCCGUGGUUAUUUUACUGUUGAGCCGUGUUGUCUAUGUGCAGUCAUGUUUGAAACAGUUGCAUUCAGAUUGUAAGGAGAUACCUCAUGCAUGUCGUCGGAACUUUCGGUUUUGGCGGGAAGCGGUACAUCCGAGCAGACGAUAUUAUCUGUGUGUUGAUCAUGCAACCUACACGGCCAUUAUCUACACAAGCGGGUGUGUGCGGGUAGAUACACAAACAGGUGUUCGUUUCACCAUGUCCUUGAGUAUUGAGACCUUGUGUUCGGAUCCUGCAUACCGUCUCCAUGACAACGGUUCGACGUUACUUGACUCACACAACAAGCCACAGAGACAGAGGGACAUCAGCGACGUUGAUAACGGUUCCCUGCCUCGUGAAGAAGACGCCAAUGAUACCAACUGUGACAACAAAACCGACUGCAGCCAUGACGAUGUUGAUGACAACGGCACUGUUGAUACCGUCCAGAAUGGAAAGGGUGCCACUUCCGGUUCUCAUGCAGUCUCUGAAGGUUCCAGAUUACCCAGCGUCCCUAUCCUGCCAACCGUCGCCAUGGUUGUUAUAGCAACACGUCAAGCCUGGUAGUGUUUUAUUAGCAUAAACGUUCUUGCACUGCAGUACUGCCGGGUCCUCACUUUUCCAACUAGAGUGAACCCUCGUUAUUUCGGACAGUACCGUUCUUCGGGAAAUUCUCCAGGUAAAACAUUUCCGCAUUGAUGGGUUCUGACAACGGACAAAUGUAAUUUAUAGGAAGGCGUUCAUAAAACCAAUCUGCCGGAUAGCAGAGUUUCCAGGGUCCAGACUAACGAGGUUUUAUUGUAUAGCAGUUGGUACUUAACACAAGAACAGGAGGAAGAGAUACAAAUGGUGAGGACACAGACAGGCGUCCUGACUCAAACGAUUUAGCGUCUUCCUGGCGAAUGAGAUGUCGAUAGUUCGACCCCAGGUAAAAAAACAGUUAGAAGUAGUAUUACUUCCCCGAUGUAACAAAUUUCCGAGUAUCGACCUGGUAUUGAUACUUUCUUGAACAUGUGCCAUUUUAUACUUUAAACCAAA